GAUGGGCUAUGUUCCCUCCAUGUACCUGCAGCCCUACAACAACCCACGUGCUGGCCUCCACACCCUGCAGAGGAAGCUGCACAGCUCCUCUCUCAAUCUGGCAACCCUCAUGAACAGCUCUACUCUCAACCUGGCAUCAAGUGGUGGAAGCCAAUCUAGCAACCGCUACCCAGCCACCCUGUAUGAGGAGACAGAGCUUAAGGAGCAUACUACCCAGCCCAGGGGUAAUCCGUACCGGGCUCCCCAUCUCCAAAAGACCCGCUCUCUGGAGCUCCUGUCUGAGACCCGUCUCGGCAUGACCGUCCCUCCAUCCCAAAGAGAGAGAGAAGACCUGGAGUCAAAGCCGAAUCCGGAAAUCCGCAAGAGCACUAUCAGCGGGGAAGAGUCCUCCAUCUCUGACUUCAGCUCGUCAGGAAUUGAGUCUCUGGGCCGGAGUGUCAGGGCAUAUUCCUCCAGUGAGGAGGACCCCCUAAGCCCCCCACACAGCCCCAAGUCCUCACCCGAGCCAGGGGAGAGGAAUAGUGGCCACAGCCGCCCAGAUGAGACCCUCUCCUCCAGCUCCAGGCCUGAGGCUGGAUCCUGUAAGAUGCCCACCGCUGCCCCCAGGGUGCCCACGCGACCCAGAGCCCAUGAGAUCCUGACUCGGUGUACCACUAUUACCCGCAAAGCUGCCCUAGCCUCCAGGGGGGAGUUCUCCCUGCAGGACCCCAUCCAGACCCACGAGAAAGGUUGGCAGCAGUGGUAGGGGAAGUGGGAGACAGGGUCACGGGGAGCCGUGGGGAGUGCUGGUUUUGGGGUUGGGUUUAAACUCGUCUCUCGUGGUUGACUUUACAUGUAGCGCAAUACUUUGAGAAUGGCUCAUGAGACUAUGGUUAAAUUAGCAUAAGAACGCCUAUGCUGUAUGCUACACUAACUAUGCCUCCAUCCAACAAUUUUUAUGUGAGUAAUGUACCUGUCAAAUAAAAAACUCUUGACAGGCCUUUUAUCCAUAAUCAGAGUUAAGAUGGGAAGGAAACACAUUGUUCUUUAUUCAGUAACUUAAAAGUUAUGUGACAAAGUACUUUUUCAGAUGUGUAAAGUCUCAUACGCUUUAGAUCUACCCCUUUGUAGUUGACCAAUGACUGGUUUGUUUGUAGUUGACCAAUGACUGGUUUGUUUGUUGUAGCCUACAUUUCAUUCUAUUGGUGUCUGAAGUCACUGUUAUUCCAUACUGGAAUUUUACUGUAACUAUUUACCAUUACUGUCUGUAUGCCUUAUAUGCACGUCUAACUAAUAUAGUGUGCAUUAAACAA